AUGGUUCGUGAUCUCACUUUCAACGGUCCCCUGCUGGGUUACGAAACACCACAGAACCCGUUUACUUCCGAGCUAGACAACGAAAACAACUCCAGAGACUCCAACUCGUCUUUUGCCUCUCUGGAGCAGUUGCAGCACAGCCCAAGCCAGUACGGAAACCGCUUAGGUGCUGCUUCGGGAUACUACUCCAACGACACUUCUGCCAACUUAUUGCUGGGUCACAGCUCGCUGGAUCAGGCACAGGCAGGGCUUCAAAUGCCGCCUGAGUUUGACAGGUACCCGCUGAUGACAGGAUCGAGAGUCGUUUCGCUGACUUCCUUGGCGUCUCAAAUGAGACAAGAAUACCUGCCUAAUGUCGGGCUGGAUCUGGGUACGCCUGAGGACGAUGCGCUGAUGAAAAGCCUGAAUCCGUUUAUGGCAAAUGUCGACUUCUCGCCUUUUGGCGGCUACCCUGCUCUGUCAUUUCCUCUCAGUAUCGAUGAAAAAGAACCAGACGACUACUUGCACAACCCGGAUCCUAUUGCCGACGCCGCAUACGAUAAGAACAGAUUCUGGUAUGACUUGAAAACCAUGGAUAAGCGUGCUGCCGGAGGCGCCUUUGGUGUGCUUUUCUUGCUUCUCGGAGCCAUUGUCAUUUUCGUGCUUUUGCCUGUUUUCUUCUACUCUGGUGUCACCCACCCCUACCACCCCGAACACUACGAGCUCUUGUCUCCUUACAAGUACCCGCUUUCGAGCGCCAUCAGAACAAAUUUGGUCGAUCCAGACACUCCAGAAGACGCCUUGUACAAGAAAAACAAAAACGGCGACAAAUGGAAGUUGGUUUUCUCGGAUGAAUUCAGCGCCGAAGGCAGAACUUUCUACGACGGAGACGACCAGUUUUUCCAGGCGGUGGAUAUCCACUACAGUGGUACCGAGGACUUGGAAUGGUACGAUCCCGAUGCUGUUACUACCGCUAACGGUACGCUUAUUUCCCAGAUGGACGCCUACAAGAACCACAACUUGUACUACCGCUCCGGAAUGGUGCAGUCGUGGAACAAGAUGUGCUACACUCAAGGUAUGAUUUUGAUUUCGGCCCAGCUUCCCAACUACGGUGCUAAAGGUGGUCUUUGGCCCGGUCUCUGGACUAUGGGCAAUUUGGGCCGUCCAGGUUACAGAGCAUCCACAGAGGGCUUAUGGCCAUACACUUACGAUUCCUGUGAUGCCGGUAUCACCGCCAACCAGUCCUCUCCAGACGGAAUUUCCUAUCUUCCAGGCCAGAGGCUUAACGCAUGUACAUGUUCUGGAGAAGACCACCCUAACGCCGGAACCGGCCGUGGAGCACCCGAAAUCGAUAUCAUCGAAGCGGAAACCGACACCGACGCCUUGAAGGUUGGUUUGGCGUCCCAAUCCUACCAGAUCGCCCCGAUGGAUAUCUGGUACAUGCCAGACUACAACUACUUGGAAAUCCACAACCCAGAAGUCACCAGUGCUAACGUUUACACUGGUGGUCCGCUCCAGCAGGCUGUUUCGGGUGUCACCACGCUUAACAACACUUGGUACGAGCGUGGAGAAGGUGCUGGCCAUUUCCAGGUGUACGGAUACGAGUACCUCAACGACAAUGAAGACGGGCAUUUGACCUGGUACGUUGGCGAGGACCCCACGCUUACCGUUCACGCCAAAGCGCUUGGACCAAACGGAAAUGUCGGCUGGAGAAGACUUUCCAAGGAGCCCAUGUCUGUGGUGAUGAACCUUGGUAUUUCCAACUCGUGGGCAUACAUUGACUGGCCCUCGAUGGUUUUCCCUGCUCGUCUCCGGGUGGACUACAUUAGAUUGUACCAGCCUGAGGACCAGAUCAGCGUGACCUGUGAUCCCGAGGACUACCCAACCACUGACUAUAUCGAGCUGCACUUGAACGCAUACAUGAACAGCAACUUGACGCUUUGGUCCGAGACGGGCAACAAGGUGCCCCGUAACAAGAUCGCCGAUAAGUGUUAG